CGCUCAUCGACUAUAAAUGCGUUGCUCUUCACUCUCUGAUCUGUCACUCACCAACGCUGCACUGUCCCAGAAAGUACCCUAUUAAAAGCCAUCAUCUCAAUCCACAAUGAAAGCCUCACACUUCAUUGCAUUUCUCCCCACCGCCGGACUGGUCGCAGGGAUGCCCCAUCACGCCCGCGACCUCUGCGCCGGCUUGCCCACCAGCGGCAUCCUCAGCGCCGCCACCAACCUGCUCUGCGAGAAAAUCACCUUGACCAACACGGGCUGUUCAGUGCGGGUGAAGUUCCCCUGGGAUGUACCGACCAGCUCCUUCACCCUCGACGAUGAUACCUCGAAAACCUUCCUCGCUCAGCGCGGCCAGACGCUCCAGUUGGACGCCCAACCGAGAUCCGACCACUCCGCCGCCACCUGGACAGGGACUAACGGUGGAAACAAUCCCACUACUUACAAAGUACCCCUGGUGGGCGACCUCCCUGGUAUCAAGGUGUCGUGUCCCGAGACCUGCGUGGCGACGGACAAGAUUUGCGAUAUUAAUAAUCCAGGGAUGUGUUGCUCGCUGACUUGUGGGGUUAAGCCUCAGAUUGGGCCGGGUUAUUUCUGUUACUAGCUUGGGAAGGGGAUGCAUUUCGGAGAAAGGGGGGUAAAAGAGUACUUACUCCUUAGCAUAGGUAGCACCAGGAGAUGUUCCAUGGUUGUAUUGUG